AGCGCUUGGGAAAUUCCAUUAAACAGUGCUCGUCAUCGAGAGAAAGAAAUCGGUUUGAAACCUUACUCACAACAAACUUACUCAUAGAUAUUCUUCAAUAUGAUAAAAAACAUCGAAAAUCACAGUUUAUACGAUCAGAAGAAACCAACGAAACCUAGAACGUUGCUUCUGGAGUUAAAUCAGAAUGGAUUAAAGAUGAAGCCUCCUAUCAUCAACUCGCCCGAUCUUCAGAUGCUGAAAUUAGCCUCACCAGAAGUUGAAAAGCUCCUAAAUCUGAACGGCAUAACAACAACACCAACUCCAACAACAUCUAUACUAUUCCCUCCGAAACCUGCCACCGAAGAAGAAGAGGAAUACGCUAAAGGCUUCGUUGAGGCCCUGAACAGUGUCUACGCCCAGCGUGGAGGUCAACCGAAAUUUUUGCCUACUCCAACUGGAGCAAAGAAUGUCGCUAAUACCGUUCCAACAGAAAUAAAAAGGGAAAAUCCUACGCCCAUUCCAACAUGCGUCUCUUCCCCACCCGUUUCCCCAGUUAACAUGGACAACCAAGAAAAAUUGAAGAUAGAACACAAAAGAGAAAGAAAUCGUAUCGCCGCCAGAAAGUGCCGAUUUAGAAAAUUGGAAAGGAUUGAAAAUCUCGAAGGAAAAGUUAAAGAAUUAAAGAACAUUAAUGCAAAGUUGUCCGAAUCUUCUAAUCAACUAAAGGAACAGGUAUCUAGAUUGAAGCAUCAAAUCUCCCAACACAUUCAUCGGGGGUGUACUAUUACGAUAAAUCCGACGCUAUUGCAAUGAACAAUUAUAAAACUCUUCUUUUUUUUUUGUUUUCUCUCUUUUUGGUUUCCGAACUGAUUUAAAAAAUAUGUAUGUUACGUAUCUACAUCUUUUGUUUUUAUAGUUCCGUUUUACUUUCUUAUAAAUGCUUUACUUAUGAAUUUGUUUUUGCUUACAAUAGAAAAAGAAAC